AUGAAAAUCGACGAAGACUUUUCCAAGGAGCACAGUGCUCACAUAGAACAUGCCGUAGAAACUACGGUUCCAACCAAGGAUGCCCUGCAGGCCUCUACAGAUGAGCAUGAAGCUACCGUAUGGGAGGCUCUGAGACACAACUAUAAAGCUGUGUUGUGGUCUGCCGUUAUCUCGUUGUCCAUCAUUAUGGAAGGAUAUGAUGUUGCCCUAAUUUACCAGUUCUUUACAUACCCUGCGUUCCAACAAAAGUUCGGGUCAUACCGUCCAGAGCAAGGGGACUAUAUAGUCACUGGACCCUGGCAGGCAGGUCUCAGCAAUGGUGCCAACGUCGGUAUCGUGAUUGGAGGCUUCAUGAACGGCUACUUGUCUACAAGAUUUGGAUAUAAGAGAGUCCUUCUGGCGGCCCUCUUCUUUAUGAACUGGUUCAUUUUCAUUCUCUUCUUUGCUCCGUCGGCGCCUGUGCUGCUCGUCGGGCAGAUCUUGUGCGGGCUCACUUGGGGCAUUUUUGCGACAUCGUCGCCAGCCUACGCCUCGGAAGUAUGUCCCCUUGCUCUCCGUGGAUACUUGACUUGCUACGUGAAUCUCUGCUGGGCCAUGGGUCAAUUUAUCGCCUCCGGUGCCCUUUACGGCUUGCUUAAGAUCGAUAGCGAAUGGUCUUACCGUAUCGCGUAUGCUCUACAGUGGAUCUGGCCUGUUCCUCUCUUCCUCCUUAUUAUGUUUGCGCCAGAGUCCCCCUGGUGGUUAGCACGAAACAAUCGUAUGGAUGAUGCAUAUAAAUCUCUUGCGCGACUCGACACCCGAGGUCGUGAAUCACAUCAGAGAACCCUAGCGCAGAUCCUGCAUACCCUUGAGCUGGAGUCAAAGUUGGAGUCCGGAUCUAGCUAUCUAGACUGUUUCCGAGGCAUCGACCGGCGCCGCACCGAAAUUGUCUGUGUGAGCUUCGCAGGUCAAGUCCUGUCAGGCUCGGCCUUUGCCUACACUCCCACCUACUUCUUCGUCCAGGCGGGAAUCAGCACCGAAAAUGCCUACCAGAUCUCGGUAGGGGGUACGGCGAUUUCCUUUGUCGGGACUGUCAUUUCGUGGUUCUUGCUGACCCGGUUUGGUCGACGCCAACUAUACGUGACUGGCAUUGCCUGUUUGACCUGUUUCUUGUUGACCAUCGGAAUCACGGCUGCGGCAUCUGAGUCCAGCAGCGCGAAAUGGGGUCAAGCUGCUUUGUGUUUGGUUUGGCUGUUCACUUAUUCCGUCACGCUGGGUCCGGUUACCUACACUAUUAUCUCUGAGACGUCGUCCAUUCAUUUGAGAGCGAAGUCAGUUUGCCUAUCACGCAACGUCUACAAUAUCACCAAUAUCGUUGCCCAAGUCGUCGAACCUUAUCUGAUCAACCCGACUGAGGCCAAUCUGAAGGGCAAGACGGCGUUCGUCUGGGCAGCGACCGCAGCGGUGACCGCCGUCUGGGCGUUCUUCCGACUACCAGAAUGCAGAGGCAGAACGUAUGACGAGCUGGACGUGAUGUUUCAUCAGAAAGUGCCUGCCAGGAAGUUCGCUACUUAUCAGGUCAACGCGCAUGAUGCGGAUGCACUGAAGGCGAGUCCUGCGGAAGGUGUUGUAGACUGUAGUGGUGACAGAGCUUGA